GUUUAGCUUCCUGGAGUAAUGGGGGUACGCUAUAUCGAUACACGUGUGUUUGGAACUUAGGAAAACACGACUUAACGGCCGCUCUAUAUCCAGCUCUCUGCAUCUACUACAACCUCAUAAACAAAGAUGAAGAAGAAGCAGAAACAGCUGCCGAGCUCAAAGAAGAAAGGGUUAGAAAGCAGCAGCGAUGAGGAGUGGUCUGAUGUGGAGAGGAACUUUGCACUGAUUACCGAGAGAAAAGGGACUGAGGAGGAAGAUCAGUGCUACAAAAUAGGAGAGGAAAAGACUGAUGAAGAUGAGGAACGAUCAGAUAGCAGUGAUGAGAUGGAAUCUGAUAAUGGUGAAGAACAAGAGGGAGAUGAAGAGGAUGGCAACAGUGAUGAUGACCCAGAAGAUGCUGGUGGCAGCAAUGAAGUCCAAACAAAAGAAGACAUCAGAAAGGAGCUGUCCAACAUGUCAUUUGAGAACAUUGUAAAACUGCAGAACCAGGUGGGAACCAAAGUUUACAACACGGUCGCCUAUGGCAGCAACAGGAGUCACGAGUCCAGCAAGAAGAAACGACUAAACAAGAACAGGCCAGUGGAAAUCUCAGCCAAGAAACCAGCACCAUUCCUCCGACAGGUCAUCCCCAUCAAGAAACCAACGCUGAGAGAUCCUCGAUUUGAUGACUUGUCUGGAGAAUACAAACCAGAGAUUUUUGAGAAGACAUAUAAGUUCAUUAAUGACAUCCGACACAAAGAGAAAGAGAUUGUCCAGAAAAAGCUGAAGAGAAUAAAGAAAAACAGCCAGAAGAAGGAGAAACUACAGUUCCUUUUGAAGAGGAUGGAAAACCAAGACCAAGCAAGGAAGAGCAAAGAGCAGCAGAGAGAGAGAGAGCUGCAGUUCAAGAGACAGCAGAGAGAGCGAGCCAGCGAGGGUGGAAAACCAUUCUUCUUCAAGAAAUCUGACAUGAAAAAGCUGCAGCUGGCUGAAAAAUACCAAGAGCUGAAGAAGAGCAGCAAACUGGAGAACUUCCUGAGCAAGAAGAGGAAGAGGAACGCCAUGAAGGACCGCAGAAAGCUGCCCAAACAGCUGCAGAGCAAGAAGGCUGUCUAAGGCGUCAAGUGUCAUUAAAAACUGUCAAAUCAUUUUAAAAGACUCUUCUGAGAGAAAACCCUUCAUGUAUCAGUCUGGCAGGCAUCCCCAGGGUCUAAACAAGUUGCUGGAGCUGAGCGUCUCAGCUGACGAAGCUGCUGGGGACUCUGACUUAGUCGCUAUUAUUUGAUAAUGCUUUCAGUGCAUUUAUGUUCAGAUAUCUGAACUUUCUUUCAUCCAUUGAUACGUGAGCAAUCAAAUGCAGGACAUUGUAUCAUUGUGUCAAAUCUAUAAAACAUGUACUUGUUAAUGAUCAGUAAAAGUGAUGUA